CCUGCUGCAGAUCCACGCGCUGGUGGAGGCCGACAUCGCGGCGCAGGCGGAGCGAGUGCGGGCGGUGAGCGCCGCGGCGCAGCGAUUCGCCGUGCCCGGUGAGGGCUACCAGCCCUGCGAGCCGGCGGCGGUGCAGGAGCGCGUGGCCACGCUGGAGCUGCGUUACCGGGAGCUGGCGGAGCUGGCGGGACAGCGCCGGGCUCGGCUGGAGGAAUCGCGGCGGCUCUGGAAAUUUUUCUGGGACACCGGGGAGGAAGAAGCCUGGAUGCGGGAGCAGGAACGUCUCCUCUCCUCCGAGGACGUCGGCCGGGAUCUGACCAGCUCCCUGCGCCUGCUGAGCCAGCACGACGCCUUCCGCGGGGAGCUGAGCGGGCGUGCGGGGCCACUGGAGCAGGCGCUUGCCCGGGGCCGGGGUCUGGCGGCCGAGGGCCGGCUAGGGGCGGCCGAGGUGGCCGAGCGGGUACGGGAGAUGGAAGGACGUUGGCGAGCGUUGGCCGAGCUGGCGGCCGAACGCGAGCGACGCCUGCGGGAAGCCGCCGGCUUCUUCCAGUUCCAGGCGGAGGCGGCGGACACGGAGGCCUGGUUGGAGGACGCCCUGCGCCUGGCGUCCAGCCCCGAACUGGGCCACGACGAGUAUUCCACCCGCAGCCUGGCCCGGCAGCACCGGGAAGUGCAGGAGGAGGUGCGGAGCCACCGCCCCGCCAUCGACGCCCUGCACGAACAGGCUCGCGCCCUGCCGCCCGCCUUCGCCGACUUUCCCGGCGCGGCCGGUCGGCUGCCGGCGCUGGAGCGGCGUUACCAGGAGUUGGCGGCGCGAGCCGAGCGCCGGCGGCAGGACCUGCAGGACGCUCUCAGCCUCUACACCAUGCGCAGCGAGGCGGACGCCUGCGGGCUGUGGGUGGGCGAGAAGGAGCAGUGGCUGCACGCCAUGCACGUCCCCGACAAGCUGGAGGACCUGGAGGUGGUGCAGCAGCGCUUCGAGACGCUGGAGCCGGAGAUGAAUAACCUGGCGUCCCGCGUGGCCGCCGUCAACCGCAUCGCCGACCAGCUGCUGGCCACCGACCAGCGCAACCAGGAGAGCAUCCGUGCCACCCGCGAGCAGCUCAACGCCAGGUGGGAGCGGUUCCGCGCGCUGGCCGACCAGAAGAAGGAGGCGCUGACGUCGGCGCUGAACAUCCAGAACUACCACCUGGAGUGCAACGAGACCACGUCCUGGAUGCGGGAGAAGACGAAGGUGAUCGAGUCGACGCAGGGGCUGGGCAACGACCUGGCCGGCGUCAUGGCCCUGCAGCGCAAGCUCUCGGGCAUGGAACGCGACCUAGAAGCCAUCCAGGGCAAGGUGCGGGACUUGCGAGCCGAGGCGGAGAAGUUGGCGGCCGAACACCCGGAACAGGCGCCCGCCAUCCUGGCCCGGCUGUCGGCCAUCGAGGCGGUGUGGGACGAGCUGUGCCGCAGCCUGCGGCGUCGCGAGGAGUCGUUGGGGGAGGCCAGCAAGCUGCAGGGCUUCCUGCGGGAUCUGGCCGCCUUCCAGGCCUGGCUAUCCCGCACCCAGAUGGCCGUGGCCUCCGAGGACGUGCCGGCCACCCUGGCCGAGGCCGAACGGUUGCUGAGUCAGCACGAGAGCAUCCGUAAGGAGAUCGCCCACUACGGCGACGACUACCGCAGCACGCGAGCUGUGGGCCGGGAGGUGACGCAGGGACAGACGGACGCGCAGCACGUCUUUCUGCACCAGCGCCUGGAAGCUCUGGACACGGGUUGGGAGGAGCUGGGGAGGAUGUGGGAGAACCGCCACCAUCUCCUCUCCCAAGCCUUCGCCUUCCAACUCUUCCUCCGUGACUCCAAGCAGGUCGAGGGCGUCCUCAGCACCCAGGAGUACGCCCUGUCGCACACGGAGAUGCCCAGCACGCUGCCGGGAGCCGAGGCUUCCGUCAAGAAGCACGAGGACUUCAUGGCCACCAUGGAGGCCAAUGGGGAACGUGUCCAGGGGCUGGUAGCCGCCGGCCGCAAGCUGGUGGCCGAGGGCAGCCUCCACGCCGACAAGGUGCAGGAGACGGUGGAUUCGGUGGAGAGCAGGCACCAGAAGAACCGGGACACGGCCCAGGAGCUGCUGGGGCGGCUGCGGGACAACUGGGAGCUGCAGCGGUUCCUGCAGGACGGGCAGGAGCUCACGCUCUGGAUCAACGAGAAGAUGCUGACGGCCCAGGACGUCUCCUACGAGGAGGCCCGCAACCUGCACACCAAGUGGCAGAAGCACCAGGCCUUCGCGGCCGAGCUGGCCGCCAACAAGGGCUGGCUGGAGAAGAUGGAGAAGGAGGGCCAGCAGCUGGCGUCGGUGAAGCCGGAGCUGGGGACGGUGGUGACGGAGAAGCUGGCGGCGCUGCGGGGGCUGUGGGACGAGCUGGAGUCGACCACGCGGACGAAGGCGCGGCGCCUGUUCGACGCCAACCGCGCCGAGCUGUGCGCCCAGUCCUGCGCGGCGCUGCGGGGCUGGCUGUCCGGCGUGCACGCCCAGCUGCGCUCCGACGACUACGGCAAGGAUCUCACCAGCGUCAACAUCCUGCUCAAGAAGCAGCAGAUGCUGGAGAAGCAGACGGCGGUGCGGGAGAAGGAGGUGGAGGCGAUCCGGGCGCAGGCGCAGGCCCUCAGCCGGGAGGACCCAGCGGCGGCCGAGGUGCAGGGACAGGUCCGUGCCGUGGAGGAGCAGUUCUUGGGGCUGCGGGAGCCGCUGCGGGAGCGAUGCCGAAAGCUCCUGGCCUCCAAGGAGGAGCACCAGUUCAACCGCGACCUGGAGGACGAGAUCCUGUGGGUGAAGGAGCGCAGACCCCUGGCUGUGUCCACCGACCACGGCAAGGACCUGCCCUCCGUCCAGCUCCUGAUAAAGAAGAACCAGACGCUGCAGAAGGAGCUGCAGGGCCAUGAGCGGAGGGUGGAGGAGCUGCUGGGACGGCGCGGGGGGCUGUCGGGCCCGGCCGAGCGGGUGCGGGAGCUGCGGGAAGCCUGGCAGGAGCUGCGGCUGCAGGCAGAGCUGCGGCACCGGCGCCUGGAGCGGGCUCACGCCGCCCAGCAGUUCUACUGCGACGCCGCCGAGGCCGAGGCUUGGAUGGGCGAGCAGGAGCUGCACAUGAUGUCCCAGGAGAAGGCGAAGGACGAGCUGAGCGCCCAGGCCAUGGUCAGCAAGCACUUGGUGCUGGAGCAGGCGCUGCGGGACUAUGCCCACACCGUGCACCAGCUCUCGGCACAGAGCCGCGACAUGGUGGCCAGCGGGCACCCCGAGAGCGAGCGGCUGACGCUGCGCCAGGGCCAGGUGGACAAGCUCUACGCCAGCCUGAAGGACCUGGCGGAGGAGCGCCGGGCCACGCUGCAGGAGCACCAGCGGCUCUGCCAGCUCAAACGCGACGUGGACGACCUGGAGCAGUGGAUCUCGGAGCGGGAGGUGGUGGCCGCUUCCCACGAGCUGGGCCAGGACUACGAGCACGUCACGAUGCUGCGGGACAAGUUCAGGGAGUUCUCGCGGGACACCAGCAGCAUCGGGCAGGAGCGGGUGGACGGCGUCAACGGGCUGGCGGACGCGCUGAUCGCGGCGGGGCACUCGGAGAACGCCACGGUGGCCGAGUGGAAGGACGGGCUGAACGAGGCCUGGGCCGACCUGCUGGAGCUGAUCGACACGCGGUCGCAGAUGCUGGCGGCCUCCUACGAGCUGCACCGGUUCUACCACGACGCCCGCGAGACCCUGGCCCAGGUGCAGCACAAGCAGAAGCAGCUGCCGGACGAGGUGGGCCGCGACCUGAACACGGCCGAAGCCAUGCAGCGCAUGCACACCGCCUACGAGCACGACAUCCAGGCCCUCAGCACCCAGGUGCGCCAGGUGCAGGAGGACGCGGCACGGCUGGAGAAGGCGUACGCCGGGGAGAAGGCGGCCGACAUCCGCCGGCACGAGCAGGCGGUGAGCGAGGCCUGGGCCGAGCUGCGCGGCAGCAGCCAGGGACGGCGCCGGCUGCUCCUCGAUACCGUCGACAAGUUCCGCUUCUUGCGGGCGGUGCGGGACCUGCUGCUCUGGAUGGACGGCGUCCGCCUGCAGAUCGAGGGCCAGGAGCGCCCGCGGGACGUGUCCUCGGCCGAUCUGGUGAUCAAGAACCACCAGAGCAUCAAGGCGGAGGUGGAGGCGCGGGCCGACAGCUUCGACGCCUGCGUGGCCAUGGGCACCGCGCUGCUCGACAAGGGCCACUACGCCGCCGACAAGAUCUCGGAGAAGCUCUCGCAGCUGCAGGAACGCCGCCGGGACAUCGGGGACCGCUGGAAGGAGAAGAUGGACUGGCUGCAGAUCGUGCUGGAGGUGCUGAUGUUCGGGCGGGAUGCCAGCAUGGCGGAGGCCUGGCUUUCCAGCCAGGAGCCCCUGGUACGCUCGGCGGAGCUGGGGGGCAGCGUGGCCGAGGUGGAGAACCUCAUCAAACGCCAUCAGGGCUUCCAAAAAGCGGCCGCCGCCUGGGAGGAGCGCUUCGCCGCCCUGGAACGCCUCACCACGCUGGAGGAGAAGGAGCGGCGGCGGCGUGAGGAGGAGGAGGCGAGGAAGAGGCGGCCGCCCACGCCCCCCCCCGCGCAGCCUGAGGCCGGGGGGGUCCCUCCGUCGGUGCCCCCCGACGCCCAGAACGGCGUGGGGACCAGGGAGCCGCAGCGGGCCCCGGCCCCGCAGAGCCGCCAGCCGGAGGCACCGGCCGUCAACGGGAUCUGCCCCGACAGCGCCGCGGCCCAGGUGCCGGCGGGGCCGGGGCUGACCAACGGGGCGCGGGAGCGGGGUCCCAGCCCGGGGGGGUCUCCCCGGGGGCGCUCGGGGGGGGUCCCGGCCCCCGACCACGCGGCCACGCUGCCCCCCCGCGCCCCCCCGGCCCCCGAGAGCCUGGAGGGCGGCCUCUGCCGCAAGCACGAGAUGGAAGCCCAGGGCAAGAAGGCCCCCAAUAGGUCCUGGCAGAGCGUGUACUGCGUGCUGCGGGGCAACCUCAGCUUCUACAAGGACGCCAAGAGCGCAGGGGUGGGGGCCCCCUACCACGGGGAGCCCCCCGCCAGCCUGCGCGGCGCCCGCUGCCACCCCGCUCUCCACUACAAGAAGCGCAAGCACGUCUUCAAACUGGGGCUGAGCGACGGCAAGGAGUAUCUCUUCCAGGCCAAGGAUGAGGCGGAGAUGAGCACCUGGCUGCGGGUGAUCCAGGCGGCGGCCGCCCUGGUGCCGGCGGGGACCGCGGGAGGGGCCGGGGGGGACCGGCGGGCGGGAAGGGGGGUGACGCGAGCCAUGAGCAUGCCCCCCCGCGCCGCCCCCCGCCGAGGGGGGCCGCCGCCCCCCCGCGCCCGCGAGGGGAAGGAGAAGGAGCGGGAGAAACGCUUCAGCUUCUUCAAGAAGAACAAGUAGAGCCGGGGGCUGGGGGGGGGGUGCCCUGGGACACGGGGGGGGUCCCGGCGGAGCCGAUGGAGGGACGCGGCGGGGGGGGCAGCACGGGGAGGGGCAGCGCGGGGGGUCUCGCUCACCGCCCCCCCCACACCCCGCGCCGUCGUGCCUUCCUGCCCCGGGGUCCCCGUGUCCCCCCGCGUCCCGGUGAUGUCCCCGCGCAGCCCCAACCCCCAAUAAAGCGACUGUAGAGAC